AUGGCGCGUAACGAGGAGAAGGCGAACGCCGUGCUUAAUCGCUUCUGGGCCGCGAAGCAGGACGAGAAGCGCAAGCCGCGGGAGAAGCGCCCGUUCCUCGCGUCCGAAUGCCGCGACCUAUCAGACGCCGACAAGUGGCGGCAGCAGAUCUUGCGCGAGAUCGGACGGCGAGUAACAGAGAUUCAGAACCCAGGGUUAGGCGAGCACCGACUUAAGGAUCUUAACGACGAGAUCAAUAAGCUCAUACGGGAGAAAGGGCACUGGGAGAAACGGAUAGUUGAGCUUGGCGGCCCGAAUUACGCGAAACAAGGGCCCAAGAUAACUGACGCGGACGGUAAAGAAGUCGGCGAUGGAGACGACGAGCUGCCGGCCGGCUCCGCGACCGGCAAGGGGUUUGGUUACCGUUACUUCGGCGCUGCGAAGAACCUGCCGGGCGUUCGCGAGCUGUUCGAGAAGCCAACGGCGCCGACUAAGAAGCGGAAUCGGUACGAGCUUUAUAAGCGUAUCGAUAUGGACUAUUACGGGUACAGGGACGAGGAGGACGGGAUCUUGGUGCGGCUCGAGACGGAGGCUGAGCGGGAGAUUAUAGAGAAGUCGGUGCGAGAGUGGGAGGCGCUCGAAGCGGUUAAAGCCGAGGCACGCCGCGCCGUGAAAAGCGGGGAGGAAGCUUCGAUCCGGGUUCAGACGGAUCUGCUAGACGAGCUCGGAGCGCCGAUCGAGACCCGGGAAUCGCGGGAGCGACGCGGGAUCGUGGCCCAAGAGAGAGGGGAAGCGGACGAGGAGGAAACGGAAGAGGAUCGCGAGGAAGCGGCGGAGCGCGCGAGGCGCGAGGAGGCGGCGUUAGACGCGGCGGAAGAGGCGGCGCUGGAUGCGGUGGGCGGGCGGCGGUUCGUGGCGCACGUGCCGCUGCCUGAUGAGAAGGAGAUUGAGCGAAUGGUGGUGGCGAAAAAGAAGGCGGAGCUCUUAAGUAACUGGCGUGGCACGAUUGGAGGGGACGUGGCAUGUAUGGGUGGAGGCGAGCUGAUGCAGGAAGAGGAGGAGGGCAAGAGAAGAGGUUGGUUCAUCUUGAGUGGUGAUGGGAUGGCGUGGAGAUGCAUGGGCAUGCUGACAAAAAGAGAGGAGAUGGUGAAAGAGAGGAGACGAGGUGGAGGAGAGGAGGAAGGAGAGAGGAGAGGAGGAAGGAGAGAGGAGAGGAGGGAGGAGAGAGGAAGAGAGGAGGAGAGAAGUAAGGAGAGAGGAGGAGAGGAGGAGAGGAGUAAGGAGAGAGGAGGAGAGGAGGAAGGAGAGAUGAGGAGAGGAGGAAGGAGAGAGGAGGAGAGGAGGAAGGAGAGAGGAGGAGGAGGAAGGAGAUAG